GCGAGCGGGGUUGGGCCCGCGCGGGUCCUGCCUCAGCUCCUCCGCCGCCCCCGUUCCCUCUCCCAUCCGUGGCCGGGGCCCUCCUCGCGCAUCCUCUCGGUCCCGGGGAGAACGGGCGGCAGCGAUUUCCCCCCUGGGAGAGGCUGGAAUCACAGAACCAUCGAAUGGUUCGGGUCACCUGCCUCUGGAUGCUUUGUGGACAAUGCGUCUGCCAUCGUGUAAACCUGCCCAUCGUUCCCAGCUACAGACGGAGCUGCCUUCGGUUUCGAUGUCCUCCUGGCUUGGUUGAAGCCCUGCGAACCUGCUGGGUAGGCAAGGGAAGGGAUGCUGUGAGGAACUUUUCCUAUGGAGCAGCAUCCAUAGCUGCUACCUAGGGAAGAAUGAGUACUCCAAAUGGAUUUCCACAGCACUCCAGGGUGAGUGUUACUCGGGGCACAGAGAGCGGAGCAGUACAGGACCUGCACGCUAAAAAAGCUGGCAGAGCAGUGAAGAAAGAGGUUUGUAACAAUGGGGCACUUGCUUUAGAGGAUCCUAUAAGUGUAGGCACCUCUUUAAAUGAAACGGUGAAGCUCCUACCGGAUGAACAAAAAGCUAAUUUAAAAACUAAAUCGCUCACUCCAAGGCCUCCUCGGAAACCCCGGCUGGAGCGUGCAGCAUCUCUGGAUGAGAAAAGCUGGAGGAGGUGGAGGCGGUUUAAAACAAGUCAGGAAAGUCUGACCGAUCCCAAUGAGACAAGCUCCUCAAAUGGUUCUCUGCAGGAUGCGUCCCUCAGCCCUCCCGUCAGGGCUAGGGCAAGCCCCUGCCAUCCCUGCUCCCAGCAGAAUUCCUUGCACAGCUCACCAGACACCUCGGAAGCCAAUCCCAUGGGGAAGAGCAAAGGAGGCACCUCCGACCUGGGCAAACGAGCCUCCGAGAUCUCCAGUGCCUUUGGUGGGCUUCUGCGGGGAAAAGCGUUUGCAGGCGGCAAACCCCGUCUGUCCCAAAUAAUGCCGUCCCGACCUCUGCCACCUCUGGAGUUCAAUGUGGCCUCUCACACACUGAGGACAGCUAAUAGGAUUGACUCAGAUUGUAUGGAUUAUCGACAUUAUUCUCAGCACAAGUUUGGGAGGGUCAGCAGCAGCCUGAGCGAUAGCAGGCUCCACGGCAACGGGAUGGUCUAUGAUAAUUGCUCCACAGACUCCAUGAAAUCCACCUUCAGCCUGCUCACUCCCAUCCGCUCCAAGGAUGUUCGAAGCAGAAGCUAUUUGGAAGGCAGCCUUCUGGCGAGUGGUGCCUUACUGGGAGCAGAAGAACUUAGCAGAUAUUUCCCUGAUCGGAAUAUUGGAAUUUUUGUGGCCACCUGGAACAUGCAGGGUCAGAAGGAACUUCCGGUGAAUCUGGAUGAUUUCUUAUUGCCAGCAGACCCCGACUAUGCCCAGGACAUGUAUGUCAUUGGCGUUCAAGAAGGCUGUCCAGACAGAAGAGAGUGGGAGAUCCGCCUGCAAGAGACGCUGGGCCCGCACUACGUCAUGCUCUACUCUGCUGCGCACGGGGUGCUCUACAUGUCGAUCUUCAUUCGGAGGGAUCUCAUCUGGUUCUGCUCAGAAGUGGAGUAUGCCACGGUGACCACUCGGAUCGUAUCUCAGAUCAAAACCAAGGGAGCUCUGGGGAUCUGCUUCACAUUUUUUGGGACCUCCUUUCUCUUCAUCACCUCCCACUUCACAUCUGGGGACAGUAAGGUGAAUGAGAGGAAAAUGGACUACAGUAAAACCAUCCAAGCCCUUACGCUUCCCAAGAACGUUCCGGACACAAACCCGUAUCGAUCCAGUUCCAGUGAUGUCACGACUCGGUUUGAUGAAGUAUUCUGGUUUGGUGACUUCAACUUCCGACUGAAUAAGGAUCGUGAAACCGUGGAUUCCAUCUUGAAUCAGAACCCAGGAACAGACGUGUCCAAGCUGCUGGCGUAUGACCAGCUCACAAGCGAAAUGAGUAGGGGGUCUAUUUUCAAAGGAUUCCAAGAGGCCGACAUUCAUUUCCGUCCUUCUUACAAGUUUGACAUAGGAAAGGACAGCUAUGACACCACUUCCAAACAAAGGACUCCUUCCUACACGGAUCGCGUUGUAUACCGCAGUCGGUACAGAGAUGACAUCCAUGCUGUCAAGUACUCAUCUUGUCCUGUGAUCAAGACUUCGGACCAUCGGCCUGUGUUUGCCUUGUUCCGUGUGAAAGUGAGGCCUGGCAGAGACAACAUUCCGCUUGCUGCAGGACAGUUUGACAGAGAACUCUAUUUAAUCGGAAUAAAGAGGCGGAUUACCAGGGAACUUCAGAAACGGCAGGAGCAAAAGGACCAAAAAUCCAGCAGCAUAUGUAGCAUUUCCUGAGUGGAGGACUCUGCAGCGCUUGUGUUCGAGGUGCCCAGAAAGAGGAUUUCAAGCCAUGGCAGACUCUGCGGGGAAUUGUCUGCUUAAGCACCUCUGGCGGUUGCUGUGGCUUGUGAAGAAUGUCUUAAACCUCAUCCUGGAUUCAUUUGCAUGAGCUAAUCCAUGUAGCUCAAGUACUUUUGCUGAAGAAAAUGGAGUCAGUUAUGUAGGACAUCCAUUCCAGCAGGUAUAAGUGAUUUAUUUUUAACCACACUAUCUUUGGAAGCAACUGGGUACAGCCACUUGGUUCUGAGAUGACUCCACAUGGGGGCACAGCCUCUGGAAUUGGAAUGCCCAAGGCAGGGCACCUACGAAAAGCCUGCAGAAAGUUGAACAUUUCCGUUUGUCUGUUUGAUCUGUUCUGGUUAGCUUACGUACAUUGUGGAGUUGGUUUUUCUCCUUAUAUGUAGCCAAGUGUAUGGUAUCUGUAAAAUGCAUAACAGGGACCAGGGAGGGGGCUUGGGUGGGUUGGUGUAAGGACGCUGCUCCUGUCCUGGGUGUUUUGGUCCCCUCCAGCAAGCUUUGUGUGAGUGUACUCCGAGAUGUCUGACGUGUAGAAACAUUGCCUUUCAAUCAUUAUUCUAGGCCUUCUGUUACUAAGGGGGUAAACACCAAUCUCUCACAGCAUGUGUUUGGCUGUUGAGACUGCUGGAAACAAUCCCUUCUGUAACUCCCUUGCCCUCCCCGGGGGCGAUGAAACACUUCCUGCCUUCAGCAGGACACGAGGUGACACUAAUGGUCCAAGUACAGCAAUGCUUCACCAAAGCCAUGAUGAUGCCAAGUGAGUCUACGAGGGAAGCAAGCAGAGAAACUGUGGCCAGUUGGAACAGCAGCUCUAUUACCUCUGAUUACAGUCCAUUCCUUUCAGUUUUAUUUUCCCAAUUCAGUGCACUGUGAGUAAUUCGCUAUUUUUGAAGUAGUGUUGUCUUAACGCUAAAGGUCCUACGUGGACCAGCGUGGUACUGGUAAAAUGUUAAGUACAGCUAAUUAAUACUUAAAAACUCUCCAUGGGCACAGAUCGGCAGGAUGAUUAAUCACCUUCAUACAUAAAACACCAUGCAAACAACUUGGAGAAGUGCUGCUAACUAUGCAACCUGUCCAAGACAGAGCUUCUGUUCAUCGGUACAAAGUUUGGCACUGACCUGUCUGUAGCCAUCAGGUAUUUGGAUUUCCUUUCUUUUUAAAGGAAUACAAAUAAAUUAAUGCAAUACCUUAAAUGAGAACUAGCUUUUAUUGCAGGGUUGUCAGAUCUCAAGGUCUUUGUGUGAUGCAUGCUAAUCAUUGGGGUGCCCUGAGCCAUUUAUCUUUGGGACAGAUUUCUUUGGGAUUGUUUACGUCGAAUAAACAAAGCGCAUCCCACCUGCCAGUUCAUGAAACCCACCCUUUAGCUGAGGAAUUUCAGGACUCCUCCUAUGUGCUCCAGGCAUUUAGAGGUCUCUUUAUUUUCUUACAAACAUACACAACAGCUGAACAGAACUUUCAUACUGUGGGUUCCACGGGAAGCAACGCAACAGGGUUUCUUGUAGUUGCGUGAGGAAAGAGAUGGGGAUAAAGCAGGCGAUAACUGCCUCACUGUUCUGCUCCCAGUUUGCUCCUUAUGGUUCACAUCCAGCCCGUGGAGUGCUGCAAUACAGCUGUCUGCAUGUUUAAGCCCAUAUGUUAGGGGAUUAGGUAAAUCAAAUGGUUUAUUCUUCUCCUUUGGGUCUCUGUUUCUUCAGUAUGUCAAAUGCAUGGCUCUUGGCUUCACAUCUUGCUAUAUCACGGUGUCAGUCACUUUUGACACUGUAAGCUUUCUAAAUGUUGUCACUUUGCUUGACUUCUAGCUGAGCGACAUCUCUGUUGUAAGACUGACAACUCUGUCUUCUUUUUGCAAGGCCUUAAGUGAUAAGGAAGGAAGCAGGUACAAGUUUAAGGUGCAGCAGCAGCAAUUCCAUUACUAACUUCCAGCAGCCCCAUUAAUAACUUGCUGUUUGCCUACCAACUCUGGAGUUCACUUGCAAGCGAAACACCUGAAGAACAGGAUUGCUUUCACUCUGGAGUCCGUGCCCAUGUGGCAUUGUGCAUGGUGCUUCCGUAAAUGAACUCCAGUUAUGCC